GUCAUCACAAACAACGACGAUAGACGCUUGUCGGACAUUUUCUACUAGCAGACCUACGAUUACUUAUCUAGCCAUGCUAGGUAGUACUCAGGCUUUGAGGAACAUCCGUUUCUCCGCUUCGCAUGUCGAUAUGUCGGAACGCAGGCUGGUCGGUCUCAAAGGCGCAGAGAUCGUCAUCGAGGAGCUCAAGUCCCGGAAAACCGUCACCCGUCUUCUCCUGGGCCAGAACCUGCUAGGCGAUAAAGGAACCGAGCAUCUCUUUGAUUUCCUCUCGUCUCCAGAUGGCCAACGGUUUGAGAUUGCCGACAUUUCUUUGAAUGUUAACAAGAUUGGGGAUAUAGGAUUGAGGGCCAUAGCACGAUACCUGGCGGAUGACAACACAGGAGGAUGUGCUGUCAGAGAGCUAUUCUUGCAAGGGAAUUCAUUCACCUCUGACCCUGAGACAGUUUCCACGUUCGUCUCCGCCCUGAACAAAUCCCACGUUACAACACUGAACAUUACAACCAACAAUACCCUCUCGGACCCCUUCCUCUCCGAAUUCCUUCCAAACCUCCAUUCAGCCACUCUUCAAACCCUUCAACUCUCCGCCAUCGGUCUCACAUCUCUCUCAUGCGACACUAUCGUCUCAUUUCUUACCUCAUGCUCUUCCUCUUCAUACGAUAAUUCGGGUGAUGGCCUAGACAGCAAGCCGACAGGGCGGGCCUGCCCGGUUCUUCAAUACCUGUCGCUGAACGCAAAUUAUCUCGGCUUCAAAGCGAUAAAGAAGAUCGUGCGGACCAUCGUGAGGGAAAACUUCACGGUCUCGAAUCUGGAGCUGUAUUCGAACUGUUUUGUGGAUGUCGAUGAGCCAUUGAUAUCCCAAAUUUGGGCUUGGGUGGCAAUGCUCCCAAAUCAACCUCCGGCUUUGGCUACCCCUACUCCUGUAGUUCCACCAGCGCCCGAUACACCUGUACCCUCUCAAGCAUCAACAUCCUCUGGUACCACAUUGAUGCCGCCCGACACUGUUCAUUCUAACAGUUUCGAAACCGCGCCAGAAGAUACCACCGAUGAGGAAGAAACCGAGGAAGAAGAUCCGGAUGACGAGAGGACGACUACGAGUAAAUGGCAGGAAUGCAUGACCGAAUUGAAGACGGCCUUGACCAGAAAUUCACUACUGGCGACGCGCGUGCACGAGGAGUCGUUGAGACUAUUGAGAGCGUCGAGACCGGUGUUACUUCGCGGAUCUCCAUCAUCUGCGUCCUCCGCACCUUCACCACUCGCCACCUCAGCUCCGCCUUCGCCUUCACCAGUAGCGAGCACUUCGACGACAUCGCCCACCCACACCCGAACACCGUCUCUCCCAAUCGAACUGAUCCUUGAUAUCCUCACUCUCCAUGCCGGACCAACCCUCUCACCCUCCCAGCGCAGGCGUAUAUUCCGCUAUGCCGAAGAUCCAAUGACCCUCCCUCCCGACCCUCGAAUCCUACCGCGCUUACCGAAAGUUUUGAAUCCGCCUAAGCUGAAGGCACCCUACGGUCCAUACGGUACACCGACGAGAACAGGAAGUCUUUCGGGAAAGUAUUCUGUGACGAUGCCGCAGGCGAAGCGGAAGAUGUCAGACUCUAUGCUGGUGGAGAUAGAGGGGAUGGAGGGGCCGAUGACAGCGAGGGCCCGGAAGAGGGCAGAGUGGUAUAAGGAAGUCGGAUGCGUUUGCUAUGAGCGUCACUAGGAACUUGGGAGAGAAGGAAGUGUUCGGAGCGGGAUGGUCUUUGUGCAGUGGCAUCACCAAAUGUGUCUCGAUGUGUUUAGGUGGACUUUCUUAAGUUACCUCGUACUGACAUUUCUCUGCCUCGUCUCAGAUAGUUAGGGUACAUGGGUGGUGACCUUAGUGGUUCAUCACCGUAUUUGACCUG